AUGUCGGACUGGGAGGCUGACUGCGGUGAGGAUGGCGGGUCCAUCUCGAAGCCUUCGCGUGUUCAUGCAGCUCCGUGUACACAGUGGAAAGCUGCCUCAGAUAUCAGUAAAGCGGGUGGGAGUUUUGGUGGAAAGCGCGGCGAGAAAGUGGAGCGAGAAGGCGCUCAAUGGCGGAGCUGGAGGGAGCGGGACAGAAAGGUGAACUACGGCAACAACAGAGAAACGCGCCGUGAGAGACCAGCUUCAACACAGCCGCUCACCUUCACCGUGGAAAACUCUUUAAUUGGCAGAGUUAUCGGUCGAGGCGGAGCGAAAAUCAGGGACUUGGAGGAGUCCAGUGGAGCGAGAAUCAAGGUUAACCGUGGAGAUUAUGAGGGAGAGGUGCUGAUCUUCGGUUGCCAUGAUGCCCAGCAAAAAGCCAAUGAUCUGAUCAAGGAGCUGGUAGGAACAGGUACAGACAAUGGGCCUGACCUCCUUUUUGGUAGAGUGAGUUCAGGCUUGAGAAGCGACUCCUGCUGGUCAGCAUCUGCACUGCAGGCUUCAGCUCCUUCCCUUUCAGCACCUAUAGAUUGGAAUGCCAUCAGGGAGAAUAGGGAGAAAUAUGAGCUUUUGAAAUGGCAAGAUCUUCCACCUCUGAAGAAGAAUUUCUACACUGAGGAAGACUGUGUGUCCAAGCGCAGUGUAGAGGAGAUCAGAGACUGGAGAAAGGAAAACAACAAUAUCUUUGUGGAUGAUCUGAAAGAAGAAGGGAAAAGAGCAAUCCCUAAUCCUGUGUACACUUUCAAGGAGGCUUUUGCUCGCUAUCCUGGAAUAAUGGAGAACAUAAUCAGAGUGGGGUUUCAAAAGCCAACUCCUAUUCAGUCUCAGGCUUGGCCCAUAGUUCUGAGUGGCCUGGAUUUGAUUGGCAUUGCGCAGACUGGCACUGGGAAGACCCUUGCUUAUCUUCUUCCCGGGUUCAUUCACAUGGACCAGCAGCCUGUACCCAGAGACAAGCGAAGUGGCCCUGGAAUGCUGGUUUUGACUCCCACUCGUGAACUGGCACUCCAGAUAGAAGCAGAGUGCAACAAAUACAGUUACAAAGGCUUUAAAAGUAUCUGUGUUUAUGGUGGAGGUGACAGACGAGCCCAAAUCAAGAGGGUUAACAGCGGUAUUGAUAUUGUGAUUGCCACACCAGGACGACUGAAUGAUUUGCAAAUGAAUGAGCUAAUAAGCCUACGUUCCAUCACUUACUUGGUAUUGGACGAGGCAGAUCGAAUGUUGGACAUGGGCUUUGAGCCUCAAAUCAUGAAAAUCAUUCUGGACAUUCGGCCUGACCGACAAACUGUUAUGACCAGUGCCACUUGGCCAACAGGUGUGAGACGUUUGGCCAAGUCCUACUUGAAAGACCCUAUGAUGGUGUAUGUGGGCACCCUAGACCUAGCAGCUGUGGACACGGUGCAACAGACAGUUUUGGUUGUGCAUGAGGAGGAGAAGAAGGCAUAUAUCUUUGACUUUAUCCACAAUAUGGAGCCUGAGGAUAAAGUGUUAAUAUUUGUUGGAAAAAAGAUUGUCGCAGAUGACCUGUCCAGUGAUCUUUGUCUGCAGGGGAUAGCAGUCCAAUCCCUGCAUGGAGACAGAGAGCAGUGUGACCGUGAAGAAGCUCUACAGGACUUUAAAGAUGGACGCGUGCGUAUUCUGGUGGCCACUGAUUUGGCCUCUAGGGGACUAGAUGUUCAUGAUAUCUCGCAUGUCUUCAACUUUGACUUCCCCCGUAACAUUGAGGAGUACGUACACAGAGUUGGGCGAACUGGCCGUGCAGGGAGAUCUGGGGUUUCUGUAACCCUGGUCACGAGAGGAGACUGGAAGGUGGCAAGAGAACUUAUACACAUUUUAGAAAGAGCUGGACAGGAGGUACCAGAGGAGCUGGUGCUGAUGGCAGAGCGCUAUGACAAACACCAGAAGGAGAAAGAGAUGCUUCCUGCUAAACCCAGAGGUGGACGGACUCAAAGAGGAGCAAGAGAUGGGUUCAGACGAGGCUUGAACAGGCGCUUCUGA